GAAAGAACCAUGGUACAUUCGUUGCUCCAAGUCAUUUGCCUUCUUCUGGUGUCGCCACCGUCCUUCUGCACUCAAGCUCAGCAAAAUGCUUCUGUGCCUCAAGGCCUAGACCUUGUGGUUGGUCUUUUCCGUCAUGGUGAUAGAGCACCCCUGACGACAUUUCCCACUGACUUGAAUGGAAACAGCACUUUGUGGAUAGACGGCUUGGGGAAUCUCACAGCUCGGGGUAAACAAACCAUGCGGAAAGUCGGAGAAUACCUCAGGGAACGUUAUCUCGGUUUCUCGAUGUGUGACCCCAACGAAGCAAUCGUGCGAAGCAGUCCGAAAUACAGAUGCUUCAGGAGUGCGGCUCAUGUGCUCGAGGGUCUCUACCCGGGAGAGAAAGAGAGUGUGUUUCAUCUGACGAGAAUGACCGAGCAUCACGAUAAAUACACGUUAAUUUGCAAGCCUCAGGUCAAGAAGAUUCUAAGGAAGCUGUUUAAUCCAUUUAGCGGCUUGCUCAGCGUGGCGUCGUUUUUUGUGAGAGCCGCUUGGAAGCUUGAAAUUAGUUUACUUAAAAACAUUGCCAUCAUUCCGGACGCACUUGAUGCUCUAUUGGUUCAGAAGGAGUACGGCUUAAAGAUCCCACACUGGUUUGAGGAGCGAUACAGCGAGCUAUCCGACGCUUCUCGAAGACUCUACCUCCUGAUUGCUGAAGGUUUAAUAAGGCACAUGGGAGGCGAACUUCUCAGGGACAUUGCCACACUCCUUGAAGAACGAUAUCAGCCUGCAGGAAACGAAACUCAGAACGCUACUGCCAUCCCAGGGUUUGAAAAUGCAACUAGUCAAACCAAGUUCCUCUUUUUUUCUUAUCACGACCUGAAUAUCAUGGCAACUCUGAUGGUUCUCAACGAAACGUUUUCACAAAAGCCAUUUUAUGGCUCGUUAGUGCUUUUCGAGGUGACAAAACGAAAUCAGGGUGAACACGAGAUUAGAGUCCUGUACCGAAAUGGGACUGGUUACGGAAUUUAUCAAAUUGGUUCGAGCGAAAUACCCUACGCCAUUUACGGCAGAAGACUGCGGACUACCCAAGAACUAUACUAUUUUGUAAACGCACGUUUGGAUGAGCAAAUAAAACUGGAAGAAUGGGAUGUGUGCGAAAUUAUAGAAAUACUCAUCGCGCUUGUGGUUCUUGCAUGCCUUUUUGUUGGAGUUGCCUUGCCUUUAGUAUAG